GGAAACAGAAAAGCAGGGGAGGCUCUGUUAUCAACGCACUACGAAUCAAGAUUCCGGGGGGCAUUAUUCAAUAUUUUAAUCUUUUUUUGAGGGCAUGGUACAGUACAUCUUCACCCCCUGGCGCAACCGCCGCGAGCUGCUGGCCGUCCGCCGGCAGUUCUACCCCGACCGCCAUCCUCAGCGGCAACCACCGCGACGGCAAACCCCGGGCCAGGCUCAGUUGUCUAGCACCAACACGGCCGCUACCGCCUACUCGACAUACCGUGCUACUACUGUCAACGAGCUACCACCACCACCACUACCACCACCAUCAUCAUCAUCAUCAUCAUUGACAACAGCAAAACAACAAGCAGUCGGACGGAGACGGAGCCAUGGCGAGAAACAAGAGGCCGUCGCCCGCGUGUCCAUGUGGAUGCAGCGCGGCGGCUGUCCGCACAUGGUCGAGUCGACCGCGCUGUUAACGGCGGCCAUCUUGAGCGACGAGGUGACGGGGGGGCCGGGGGCGGGGAGCGACGACGGGCUGGCGAGGGCGUCGAGGGCGUACGCCGUGCGCGCGGCAUAUUCGGCCGCUUUUAGUCGCUUCGUGACGGGCCUGCUCGACUCCCACCAGGACAGACAGCGCAAGAUGUCCAUGUACGACGUGGCCAAGAGCGUCGGCCUGCCCGCCACCUUUGUCGAGCUCCGCCACCAGGCCACCCACGAGCAGCUCCCCUCCCUGGCGCGCCUGCGCGCCGCCGCGGACAAGGCGCUCGACUGGAUCUGGGAGUACUACUGGCGCGGCCUGACGGCCGGCGACAGCGACAGUGACAGCGACGAGCACGAAUCUGACGCGGACGAGGACGAGGCCGAUGCGUCUGGAAGGGAAGAGUCUGGUGCCGAGGCGAUGGAGGGGGUGUUGGGUGAGGGUGAUGGUGAUGGUGAGAAUGAUGGUCCUGACGUGACGAUGAGGGAGGAGGAUGGUUGUGGUGGUAGUGGUGGUGGUGUUGGCGAUGGGCACAAGCCGGCACAGGAAAAGGAGAUAAGGACGCUGCUGGAGGGGUAUUUAGAGGGCAACGAAAAGCAGCCGCAGGAGGAGGAGGAGGAGGAGGAGGAGAAGCUGAAGAGGGAACUUGGGAGGUUCGACGAGGGACUGGUGUUGAUGGUGCUUGACUCCAUCACGGACAACACGAGGGACAGUAAAGUGCUGCGUCGGGCUUUGGUCCUGGGGAGGCGAAUCCUGGAGUGGAAGGGGAACCAAGAGCACGUAAGCGGUGCGGACCGCAUGGAAGAGGAUGGGCCGGCUGGAGAUGAUUCGUCUAGGACCGGGAUGGACACGAGGGAAAAGAUGGCGACCGAGGAAGGUGAGGAAGAGGACGACAAAGAGGAGGUCGAAGACGAGGAAGAGGACGAGGACGACCGCCCUGCUUGGGUUUUGUACGACGCAGAGACCUGGGUACCCAAGCCUAUCGGGGUUGUUUGAAGCAGCGAGUUUUCAGACACUCGUGUGAAUUCUAUAUAUGCCCUCCCUCUGGAAGAACUCAUUGCACCCUAUCCCUACCCCUGAGUUCCAUGGAUGGCCGAUGGGGGGGUCAUGUGACUGUGGGGCUGAUCCGUACGUAGAAUAUGGAUUACAU